UGUUUCUUUGUCUGUGGUCUGCUGGUCACUGUCGAAUAGCACAGUUUCUGAACACUUAACUUGUUUAAUGUGUUAUAAAAGCGCGUGACGUAGCCUGUCUCCUGUUGUGCGUAAGAGGAUCAGAGAGGAGAGCGCAACCUGUCACCGGGAGGAUGAGGGAACCGGGGGCCGUGAUACAGUGGAAUAAGUUUGGAGAGUGAGUGCGAUGUGAACACCUCUUAUACACCGACUUCAGGAGUGUGUCCAUCACCACAAUGCCUCCACAUGAUCGCUGCCUGCCGACGCUGCUCUACCUCCUGCAGCUCUUCCUGUCCCGGGCCCUGUCCAUCCUGCAGCCGCCCCCCCACAUCCCCACCCUGGUUCCCCACACCCCCACUCCCCUUACUCGCUCCCAUUUCAGCGCCCAAACCCAGCUGGACUUCACCACCCACUGCAACUCCAGCUGCUUCCACACCCACGAGGGCGCGCUGUCCGACAAACUGGCCUUCGAGACGCUGUACUCGGAUGGUUCACGCACCCUCACCACAGUCGAUGUGGAGGAUGACAAUGAAGACCUUGCCCCAUCCAUAAACUGGCCAAGACACAGAAGAAUAAAACGACAGAUCUAUGGGGCAGAUGGAAGAUUUAACAUCAAAGGUGAUAACUUCCUGUUGGAUUAUCCUUUCUCCACAGCUGUGCGCAUCUCCACAGGGUGCACCGGAGUUCUUGUGUCCCAACUGCACGUCCUGACAGCGGCCCAUUGCGUCCAUGAUGGCAAAGAUUACGUCAAGGGAGCGAGGAAGCUCAAAGUUGGAUUUCUGAUUAACCCCGUGGUAAACAGCACAAACCCAGAACUGUCAUCACCCAAGAGACCUCUGGUUCGCUGGGUGAGGGUCAAGCGAACUCGUGUGCCCAAAGGCUGGAUCCAAGGCCCUCAGGAGGUCAGCAUGGACUUUGACUACGCCCUGCUGGAGCUGCGUUGGCCCCACCGCCGCCCUUUCAUGCGACUAUCUGUGGCUCCCUCCUCUGAUGACCUGGCAGGGAAACGUAUCCACUUUUCUGGUUUUGACAGUGAUCGGCCUGGGGAGCUGGUGUACAGAUUUUGUCCUGUCGAAGAGGAGUCCAAAGACCUCAUAUACCAGCACUGCGAUGCCCGUCCUGGAGCGAGUGGCUCGGGGGUCUACGGCAGAGUGUGGGAUGACACGCUGGAGAGGUGGGAGAGGAAGGUGAUUGGGAUCUUCUCAGGACAUCAGUGGUUAGAGAUAGAUGGAGAAAACCGGGAUUAUAACGUGGCUGUGAGAAUUACACCGCUCAAGUUUGCACAGAUCUGUUACUGGGUCCAUGGGAACAGACUAGACUGUGUUCAUGGUUGAGAGACUUGGGCCAUUCAAACCCAAUAGAGACCAAACCAUUCAAAACCAUUCAAACCCAAUAGAGAGACACAUUAUUUGCGAGUCUAGCUGCCCUUUCCCAGCAUCUUGGCAUCACCCCAGCCUUUGCUCAAAUCACAUUUUACAAGAGAGAUACAACACUUUUGGACACAAUUGCUAUGACAGUGAUAUAAAUCCUUUCUCAAUACUUAAGCAUGCUUAAAGUCCUAUCUCAGCUAUCUCAGCUAUCUGCCCUUACUGCCUUCACUUAUCUCAAAUGAUAUUAAUAUUAUGUUGUAAGUACUUUUCAGAGAUUAUAUGCUAUUAAAUAUAUGGGUAAAUUUAUUUUUGUGAUAAAUGCUAUAUAUAUUUUAAUAAAGAGA